UGGAUGAGGACACGGAGUCCUGUUUCUUUCAGCUGAAUCUCACAGACUUUCAUGAUGUAAACAAGACACCUGCGACACCUCAUCUGGACUGGUCCGACCUCUACUGCACCUGUUUGGAUUCAGAUACGAUGAAGCCGAACAUCCGCCUGGAACAGCCUUCGGUCUGAGCGGUUUUAUCCGGGUAAGCUGGACCUGGGCGACGGGUCAUGUACGUCCUGUGCACCCUGGCGGUCCUGACCCUCCACAGCCUCUUCAAGAGCUGGAACAACAAGGCCGUGGAGUCCAUUCGGAGCUCGGAGGCUGCGGGGCAGGAGGGCCGUCUGAAGGAUGGAGGUGUUCCUGAGGUCAGGGAAUGGUCCUGGCCUCAGGGGCGUGGAGACGAUCUGGUGAAGAGUGUGGGCCGCGGAGGGCCGAGGAGCUGCAGAACUGAAGGGAAGUGGAGGCGAGGAGACGGCGUACGUAACGUCCCGGACAGCAGGAAGCGAGUUCAGCAGGUCCAGCGGUCCAGCGCUCUGCUCAGCCCGGCGGUCAUGUUCAACACACGAAAGACCUGGGACCUCAGCCACGCCCCCUGCCUGCAGGAGCUCUGGAAGAAAGACAUCUCAUUGGACGCGAGCUCAGUGGACUUCCUGAUGAGUGAUGGUGAAGACGACGGCUCCUUCCUGUCUCUGCCCACCGCCGCCUUCUCACAGCGCCCCCCUCUGACCGCAGAGCUGACCGAAACGAGCGUACCCAGCCAGCAGCUGCUCAUCCAGAGGGUCACCUGGUCUUGCUGGUGGACUCCCGUCAACACUCUACAGGAUAAAGUGUGUGAGUUUCAGGCUCGUCUUCGCUCUGAAGAAGUCACUCGUCACCUGCUGCUCCAGCAGCUGCAGGACAAGACGAGUGUGGGUGGAGGUGUUCAGACGUCUUCUCCGCCCAACGGUGUGAAGGUGUUGCAGCCAGGUGAACAACCUACAGAUCGUCUCAUCUUUCCAGAAGAAGAGCAGCUCAUUACUCAGCUGCGCCGACAGGUGGAGGAGCUGGAGGAGAAGCUGUUGGAUCAGACUCAGGAGGUGGAGAGACUUCGCUCUGAACUGGGGGCAACAGACCUGGAGAAGCAGCUGGAGCUGCUGGUGGUGGAGAACCAGCGUCUGAAGCAGGAGCUGAAGUCAUGCAGGAGCUCAGAGCUUCAGAGCCUCGACGCUGCUGCAGAGACCUGCAGCCACUGCCCUCACAGCCAGGAUGUGGAGUCCCUGCGGAGGGAGGUGUCUCGCUGGGAGAGCCAGGCCCGGCAGAGGGAGCGGCGGCUGGCUGAGCUGGAGCGAGAGCUGCUGGAGAAAACCUCCAGGGUGGAGAGUCUCCAGCGGCAACUGGACGAGUCGACCCGGCAGCUGGAGGAGUCGAGGCGGAGGCAGGGGGAGACCGAGCAGAAACUCGCCCGCCGACUCCAGGAGUGUGAAGAGGAGCUCGCCAGGCAGGCCGCAGCGCCCCCUAGAGUCAAGUAUGUGACUCACACGGUGGAGGUGGAGUCGGCCGACUCUCAGAAAGCUCUGGCUGAGCUGCAGACCAAGAACGCCGGCCUGCAGGAGCAGCUGUCUGUGCAGAGGCAGCUGCUGAGGGAGCUCGAGACGCAGCUGCACGAGUCCCAGAGGACCUGCGCUCAGCUCAGGACGCAGAUCCUGGUCUAUGAAGGAGAGAUGGAGCGCGCUCAAGGUCAGCUGGAGGCGGAGAUGCAGAACCUGGAGGAGGAGAAGAACCGUGUGAUUGAGGAGGCGUUCAUCAGAGCUGAGAGCGAGAUGAAGGCCGUCCAUGAGAACCUGGCGGGAGUCCGUAUGAACCUGCUGAGCCUGCAGCCGGCGCUCAGGACUCUCACCUGUGACUACAACUGUCUGAAGAGGCAGGUGCAGGACUUCCCCUUCAUGCUGGACAAAGCCAUCACAGAGGCCAAACAGGAGAUCUGUCAGGUGAUCAGCGAGGUGAGCAGCACCAAUCAGGAGCUGCUGCGUAAAUACAAGCGAGAGAUGAACCUGAGGAAGAAAUGUCACAACGAGCUGGUUCGACUCAAAGGUAACAUCCGUGUCUUCUGCCGCGUCCGGCCGGUCAGUCAGGAGGAGCAGGACUCCGCCGACGCCAAAACUAUGCUGAGCUUCGACUCGGAAGACGACGCCGUCCUCUACCUCUCCAACAAGGGCAAAAUCAUGACGUUUGAACUGGACAAAGUCUUCCCUCCUCAGGCCACACAGGAAGAGGUGUUUCAGGAGGUCCAGUCUCUGAUCACUUCCUGCAUCGACGGAUUUAACGUCUGCAUCUUCGCCUACGGACAGACCGGCUCCGGGAAAACUUACACCAUGGAGGGCGUGGUGGACGACCCCGGCAUUAACCAGCGAGCCCUCCGCCUGCUGUUCUCUGAGGUGAUGGAGAAAGCUCCGGACUGGGACUAUAAGAUCACUGUCAGCAUGGUGGAGAUCUACAACGAGACGCUGCGGAACCUGCUGGGGGAGAAUCCCACCGACAAGCUGGACAUUAAGAUGAACCCUGACGGCAGCGGACAGCUCUACGUCCCCGGACUGACCGAGUUCAUCGUCCAGAGCCCAGAGGACAUCAACAGGGUGUUUGAGUUGGGUCACAUGAACAGAGCGACGGCCUGCACCAACCUGAAUGAGCACAGCUCUCGUUCACACGCUCUGCUCAUCAUCACUGUGUCCGGAUUCAACUCGGCGACUGGAAACCGAACACAAGGUAAGCUGAACCUGGUGGACCUGGCGGGCUCGGAGAGGAUCGCAAAGUCGGGCGCGGAGGGCAGCCGCCUCCGAGAAGCUCAGUGCAUCAACAAAUCUCUGUCGGCGCUCGGCGAUGUCAUCAACGCGCUGCGGAGCAAACACUCGCACGUCCCGUUCAGAAACUCCCGCCUCACCUACCUGCUGCAGGACUCCCUGAGCGGGGACAGCAAGACGCUCAUGAUGGUGCAGGUGUCUCCGCUGCCCACUAACAUGAGCGAGUCGGUCUGCUCGCUGAAGUUUGCUCAGCGCGUUCGGAGCGUCGAGCUGAGCUCCUCGUCCUCCAGGAAACACGAGAACUCGUCCACCUCGUCCUCGCCGACCCACGACAGCGUCGAGCUGGACUCCCCCCCAGUGACCCCCGUUCCUCUCCCCAUCUCUCGAGCCAGCAGCGCCGGCUCCACCCUCUCCUCCGCCUCCAGAACUCCCAGCAGCUCCCGCAGGAGGUCCCAGUCCCAGCUGUCCACAGACAGACAGGUAGACAGAGCCAGCCCAUUGGUGGGGGACGGUGGGCAGGACGACUGAAGCUGACGGCCUGAGGCGAGCGCGGGGUGUCUGCCAGCACCCCGAGGCUCCGCCCCGCCGGACUCCUCCUCACGACCGGAUGACAGAGCAAAGACUGAUGGGACCUUUGGAGACUCCUGCGGUGAUCGGGGUCUAACUUUUGGCUUUCUGUGUUCUUGCUGUGAUGAAGGACAUGAAUGUGACUGAGAGACCACUGAAGGCUCAAAGAGCUGGUCCUGAACUGAACUGAGACCCUCUGCGUCUCUCUGACCCUGAACCACAGCAUCUGCUCUCCGAUCACAGUAUUUCUGUUAUUGUUUCUUUGUAAAGUCGCACUUUAAACCUCUAGAUUAAUUUCUAACCCACAGUCCACGUGGUUGAUUCUAAUAUAUGCAUCAUAUGGUUGAAUAUUUAUGUUUGACUUGCUUUAAUCUUGUUUUUUUGUUUUAUUUGAUGCCCCGUGAACAUUUUGAGAUUCAUUUUAUCAGAUCCUGAUUCCUCCUCUGUGCUUUUCUGACGAGGCUGUCUUCGUGUCCUCGCGGUCCUCCUUCAUCCAAUCAGGGUACUCCAUUGACACGGAGCUGUCCAAUAAGACGAGAGCAAUACAAGGAAGUCCUGCGUGUACAUGAGUGUUGUUCUUGGAUCCUCUUCUCUUCCUGUGGAUGUUUGUUUUUCACGCUGAGCUGAAGAAGCUUCGUCUUCCUUUGAACGAAAAGACGCUCUGAUCUUAAAUUUCCUCGAGCGCUUCUCCUCGGCGUGCUCCUGCCGCCGUCUGGUCACCUCAGACAGCGUGCUCCUGUAGCUGCUGACCCGGUGCUUGAUGUGACGCAGGUGGAGCGAGUAGUUAGUCGUAGUUGUAGCUGCUGUCUGCUUGCUUUGUCUCUGCUGUAGGUUUUUAAAGUUUGUUUUUUUGUAUUUCCUUUUUAAUAAACACUCAAACGAA